CCAAGGAACUGGCCCGGGGGAGCCAGCAGUAAACCCCGCCCUCCUGCUGCUCACUGCGACUGGCUUUAACAUGGCUGCCUGCUAACUAAACAUCAAUGUUUCAUCCUGUGACAAUCAACUCGUUGGCGCCGUGUUAAGAUCCUGACAAGGAGAGAGACAACCGGCCAGAAUGCUCUGAGAUGGUGAACUAGAGAUCAAAGAUGGCCGCCGAGCUGUACCCUAGCAGCCUCAACACCAGUCUCCCCAGCAGCACUGAGUCGAACAAGAAGAGCUUCAUCCAGGUGUCGGAGCCUGAGUCGCUGCCCACGCCCAGCGACCCCCAGCCCAGCGCCAGCAGCACCGGCCAGCCCAGCAGCUGGCAGGCCACCCACCCCACGCUGAGAGAAAGGAAUGCCUUGAUGUUUAACAGCGAGCAUAUGGCCGAUGUUUUCUUCAUCGUCGGACUACCAGGAGAAUCCCAGAGAGUCCCUGCCCACAAGUAUGUCCUGGCCGUGGGGAGCUCCGUGUUCGGGGCCAUGUUCUACGGAGACCUGGCCGAGGGAGAGAUGGAGAUCCUCAUCCCAGACGUGGAACCGGCCGCAUUUCUCAUCAUGUUAAAAUACAUGUACAGCGAUGAGAUCGAGCUGGAGGCGGACACGGUUCUGGCCACUCUGUACGCCGCCAAGAAGUACAUCGUGCCGGCGCUGGCCAAGGCCUGCGUCACCUUCCUGGAGACCAGCCUGGAGGCCAAGAACGCCUGCGUGCUGCUGUCCCAGAGCCGGCUGUUCGAGGAGCCCGAGCUCACGCAGCGCUGCUGGGAGGUGAUCGACGCCCAGGCCGAGCUCGCCCUGCGCUCCGAGGGCUUCUGCGAGAUCGACCGGCCCACGCUGGAGAUCAUCCUGCAGCGGGAGACGCUCAACACCCGCGAGGCGCUGGUGUUCGAGGCCGUGCUGGACUGGGCGGCGUCCGAGUGCGGGCGCCAGGGUCUGGUGGUGACGGCCCCCAACCGGCGCGCCGUGCUGGGCAAGGCGCUGUACUCGGUGCGCAUCCCCACCAUGACCCUGGAGGAGUUCGCCGACGGGCCGGCGCAGUCCGACGUGCUGACGCUGGAGGAGACCCACGACGUCUUCCUGUGGUUCACGGCGGCCAAGAAGCCCUGGCUGGAGUUCCCCCUGGCGCAGCGCACCGGCCUGAGCCCCCAGCGGUGCCACCGCUUCCAGUCCUCGGCCUACCGCAGCAACCAGUGGCGGUACCGCGGGCGCUGCGACAGCAUCCAGUUCGCGGUGGACAAGCGUAUCUUCAUGGCGGGCCUGGGCCUGUACGGGUCCAGCGGCGGCAAGGCCGAGUACAGCGUCAAGAUCGAACUCAAGCGCCAGGGCACCACGCUGGCGCAGAACCUGACCAAGUUCCUGUCGGACGGCUCGAGCAGCACCUUCUCGGUGUGGUUCGAGCACCCGGUGCAGGUGGAGCAGGACACCUUCUACACCGUCAGCGCCGUGCUGGACGGCAACGAGCUCAGCUACUUCGGCCAGGAGGGCGUGACGGAGGUGCAGUGCGGGAAGGUGACCUUCCAGUUCCAGUGCUCCUCGGACAGUACCAACGGGACCGGCGUGCAGGGGGGGCAGAUCCCCGAGCUGGUUUUCUUUGGUUGAGCCCCGGAGGGCCAUGGGGGGAAAUGUUGAACUCUUUCAGACCUCAUCGGUGGACUCGUACAGAUUAAUUUAUUCAGAUUUAAUCCAGGUUGUAGGAUUUUAAAUCUAUAGUCCCAGGUCCUCGUGGCUUGUCAUGUGUCCCUGGAUGUUUAUAAUGAGAUGCCCUGUCCUGUUAUUGAUGCUGUAUUGAACUCUGAGCUGCUGGUUAAAUGAAAACCGCUAUGAUGCUGAAGGUUGAAUUGUGUUGUCCACGCGGCGUGCGCGCCAUGGAUCUCUAGGCUGGUGCUUAUGUUUUUAUGUUGCCGUGUCAGGGAGUCCACCAAAGCCCCCCCAAAAGAUGAUGUUUUACAAAUGAACAUCAACUCGACGAUCUUUCAUAAAUUACCCGGAAAACAUGCAGGAAAGACAGGCAGGUGGACGGUCAUGUGACGUGUAUUCAUUUUACUCUACUGGACGCUGCAGUAUAAUUCAACCUUUUAAACAUGGUUUAUAGUAGCAAUGGCUAAACAACAAGGGCAAAGUUUACAACAAAUACCCAGUGUACUCGUCCCGUUCUGAUACACCUUCUGUUCUGUAUAUUUUACAUAAGUGUUACAUAAACUUUAACGAUUUUACAGAAUAUAACAACGAAUGUCUGUGCUUAUUUUUGUGAUUUACUAAUAACCCAGAUUACUAAAACAAAACGCUCUGUUAAAAUUUGUAAAGAAUAAACUAGAAAUGCUAUAAAAGCAAUGAUACAUCUGUUUAAACAAAUCCAUUUGAAAAAACACUUUAAAUUCCAAGUUGCACAACCUCAAGAAAUCCAUUCUGGAUCUAAUCAGAAAAGGACAUUGGAUCAGUGGUUUAACCAGUUUUUAGCAUUUUAAUAUGCGUGUUAAAAAGGUUUUUGAUGACAUAUUUAACAUGCCACCAUUUCAAAUGAGGGGGGGGGUAUUUUGCCGCUUAGUAUUGCCUAUUGUCUCAAUAGGCAGGCUGGCAUGCAUUUACUAAACCUAAACAACUUAUUUUUAUUUCCAAGAUGUCUGAGCCUCAGCUCUAAGCUACGUUUGCUGGUUUUGUUGUGAACGUUUCAGACAUGAAAAUAGAUGUUUAACGUUCAUGCGUUUUAAUCUCACCAAUAGCAGGAGCGUUGAUGUAGAGCUCCCGGGACAACAGAAGGAAUGUCUUCCCCAAAAUGUAGACAUUGACCUGUAUAGGACAACCGUUUCUUAGCACCUCGUUCAUCACAGGAACAAUCAGCAGUAUGCUCAGCUAACAAACAUUGAGGUAUUGGUAUGACCAGCUAGCAUUUUAUAGCAUUGAGUUAAAAUGACCUUAACCAUCUUCUAGCAUUGAGCUACAACUAAGCUUUCAGUAUGGACUGCUAUCAUCAAUAAGUGUUGAGCUAGGUUAGCACUAUGAGUUUCAGGUUGUUUCAGUUUUGAGGUGUGGAAUAUCCCUGAUGGUUGGUGUGUAACUGACCUGCAGCAGGUCACUGAGGUCCAACAGCAUGUCUGGGGCUGGCUAAAGAAGGUAGCAUGCUAUCAAGCUUCACUCAUGCUGACCAAGUAUAGUCAGGGUGGCCCACAAUAAUAAUACACCU